CUCAUUCCAUAGACGCGCUCAUCAUGGCUUCGAACGCAGAGACUGCAGGAUUCAAGUUCAACCACACGAUGAUCCGUGUCAAGGAUCCCAAGGUGUCCGUCAAGUUCUACACCGAGGUGCUUGGCAUGGAACUGCUUUCCCACCACAAGUUCGACAGCUUCACGCUCUAUUUCCUCGCGUUCGACCACUCGGGUGGUGUAGAAUCUGCCAAGGAGAAGAAGGACUCUCGAUUUAAUCGUGAAGGUGUACUCGAGCUCACCCACAACCACGGCACCGAGUCCGACUCCAACUUCGCGGGGUACGCAUCCGGGAACAGCGACCCCGGCAAGGGCUUCGGACACAUCGCCAUCACCGUGCCCGACGUCGCCGCCGCCUGCGAGCGCUUCGAGCGCCUCGGCGUGCCGUUCAAGAAGAGGUUGACAGACGGGGCCAUGAAGACCAUUGCGUUCAUCUUGGAUCCUGAUGGCUAUUGGAUCGAGAUCGUCCCUCGGAUCCUUGUGCUCGGUCCUGAUGAUCAAUGAGAGGAUCAAAGUGCUGGGGGUGCAGACGAAAGAAGAAUUGUGAUGUAAAGCAUAUUGCAACCGCAAAGCUCUCCCAACUGUGCUAGACAUUGGUGGAAAUGAGUUAUAGGCACCA